UCUCCUCCGUGGACAGGCCGUCCACCACCGCCAAAGAUUUCCCCUUUGCGGCCUUUUUGCUUCUAGUCUUCGGUGGCUGGAGAGAGAAAAACACACACGAGCAUUUUUAGCGUUAGCUCCACGAUUAAAAUACACUUUCAGAUACGGAGCCACUUCCUUACGUUGACAGCUGAGACAUUUGGGAGGUUUUCAACUGCACCGCCUGCGAGGUGAGGAGAACCGGAAACGGGUUUUUGCAGCUAGAACAAUGUCCUUCCCGGACUGCAGUACCCAGCAGGGUGAUGGAUCCAACCUAGAGAACAUGGAGUUCAUGCGAAACCACUCCGAGCUCUUCAGAGCAGAGUGCGUGAGGUUGAUCACGGACACGGACACCUCAUGCAAGCGCAUGCAGAACGACGACAGCAAGCGGCUGGGUCAGCGGGUCAGAGACAUCCAGUUUGUGAAGAAGGAGUUGGAGAUGAAGCUGGGCGAGAUCGUUGUGGAGAUCGAGCUCCUCGAGACGUCGCAGAGCAGAGAGGCGAACGCCCUGGAGGCCUGCAAAGAGCCUCUGAGAGUCACCGUGCUCUGCCUGGAGGAGAGAAUGAAGCGCUUCCCGUCCGAGCGGCGCCACGACGAGGUGGACAGAGAGCUGCUGAAGGAGACGGAGGUCAUCCAGGCAGCGACUCUCCUCCUGCAGACUGUAGCGGAGCAGAUCGCCGAGCAGCUCCGGUUGAACCGAUCCAUUCAGCACCAGCUGGAGCAGGAUCUGCAGGAGAAAUCUGAGGCUCAGUGCAUCGACAACUCCUGUGUUUUAAUGACCACCCGAUCCACGGACAACCCGCUGAGGCCCAGAGGCGCCCAUGCGCUCCUGCCGAGCUUGUCGGUGACUCCAGAGCAGUGGGAGAACAUCACCGACAUCAACAUGGCCAAGGCGGAGCAGCAGAAGGCCGACUCGAUGGCCCUGCGCGCCAUGGUGGAGUCUCUCCUGGAGCAGAUGGCCGCCGACAUGAAGAAGCAGGCCCGGGCCACGGCGGCGGCCCUUCAGCUGAACGUCUGGGAGAUCAAGGCCGCCAGGAGCCAGAUGACGGAGCAGCUGGCCACGAUCCUGUGUGAGUUGUCCAGCCAGCAGCAGGUCAGAGGUGACCUCCAAACGGCCGUCUCAGAGAACCAGUGUGUUCUGGGUCUGGCUCAGGCCCGCCUGGCUCUGCGGCUCCAGAGGCCCUCGAAGGAGCAAUGCCUGGACCCGGCCCAGUGCCAGCUGCUCACGGAGGUCCAGCAGCUCAACGCUCACAUCGCCAAGCUGCGCGAGGCUGUGGCGCAGUCGGAGGAGGAGCAGAGGGCGCUGGUUCGAUGCCAGCGGGAGCUGCAGGCAAACAUGGAGCUCAAGACCAGCUCCCUGUACAUCGAUGAGGUCGUCUGCGCCCGGCACCGGGACCCCCUCAUCAUGCUCAGCUUCUGAUGGUGUGACAGACACUCGUCAUGUGUUCAAAUAAAUCAAUAUGAAGCAUUUUA